AUGGGCGGUGGCGCGGGCCGCGCGCUGGGGCGGUUGGCGCUGCUGUGCGCCUUGCUGGGCCUCUCGGGGCGCCUCCCCGGGGCCGACGGCUUCAGGAGGAGAGGACCCGCCGUGACCGCCAAGGUAUUCUUUGACAUACAGAUUGGUGGCAGAGAUGUUGGAAGAAUUGUAAUUGGAUUGUUUGGGAAAGUGGUACCAAAGACAGUAGAAAACUUUGUUAAACUUGCAACAGGAGAAAAAGGUUUUGGGUAUAAAGGAAGCAAAUUUCAUCGUGUUAUCAAAGAUUUCAUGAUUCAAGGAGGUGACUUCACAGCUGGAGAUGGCACAGGAGGAGUGAGCAUCUAUGGAGACCGGUUUCCUGAUGAAAACUUUAAACUCAAGCACUAUGGUAUUGGAUGGGUCAGCAUGGCUAACUCUGGCCCAGAUACUAAUGGUUCCCAGUUCUUCAUUGCUGUGACAAGGCCUGGAUGGUUAGAUGGAAAACAUGUAGUAUUUGGAAAAGUCAUUGAUGGAAUGAUUGUGGUACAUGCCAUAGAACUGCAGCAAACAGAUGAACAUGACCGCCCUCUCCAAGACUGUAUAAUUGUAAACAGUGGGAAAAUAGAUGUGAAAGAACCAUUUGUGGUUGAAGUAGAUGAAUGGUCAAGUUGACAAUGUAUGCAAAGGAACUAAACUUUGACAGACAUUCUACAUAAAUGAGGAAU